AUGAACAAGUUGCGGAAAGUACGGGGAAGGUUUGGUGAUAUGUUGAACCCCGAGGAUGCCUUUUUGAGUUACUAUGACGUGCGAUUGACAAGAGAGGACAUGCAAACUCUCAAGAACGACUGGCUCACAGAUAAUAUUAUUUCAUUUUGGGAGGAAUACCUCGAACACGAAUUUCUUACCCGCUACAAAUCAUCCAACAUCAUCCUCCUCCGCCCAAGCAUGUCCUUCAUGAUCCUCCAAACGCCGGAUCCACGAACCCUCCGCGAAGCCCUCCCGGAUUUCAGCAACGCCACUCAUGUCUUCCUACCCAUAAACGAUUGCCGCAAUGUCAACGAAGCAGAAGGAGGCACACAUUGGUCCCUGCUAUUGAUCUCUAUCGUUGACCGCAUCGCUUUUCACUAUGACUCGCUAUACCAAGGAAACGUCUGGGAAGCAGAUACCGUCACCCGUAAAUUCGGAUAUCUCUUAAACAUGCCAAUCCGCUUUAUGCAUUUGAGUGAUUCGCCCCAACAAGACGGCGGCAGUGAUUGUGGCGUAUUCGUCUGCAUGAAUAUGCGCCAUCUACUCAUGAAGCGUUUGCUACAGGCUAGCGCGCAUGAGAAAGUGAGCAUGAGUCUUGGAGGGCGGAAGGUCGAUGCAAACGCUUCUCGUAAAGAGAUGGCUAAGAUCAUUGAAGGGUUCCGGAAGGAAGGCGAGCGUCGGAGAUCAACGAGCGCAAGUCCCAUGGGCAAGAAAUCAAGAAGUCCCCCUCGUGUCGAUUGA